UUAACAAAUAAUCGCAUAAAAUAUAUUUUACAGAGAAGAAACGUACGUAAAUGGCGACUAGUGCUGUUUUUAUUAUAUUUUUCCUUAUUUCAUUCGGACAUGAUGUUGAUGGAGGGACUUAUGGCAUAUUUACCCCCGACCUUCGUCUGUCAGGAUUUGUCAUGGAGAAAAUUGUCCCAAUCGGAAUGGAGAUGUGUGUUAGGGAGUGUUCGAAAAGGGUUUCAUGUGCUUCGUUAAAUUUUCAGAGAAGUAGUUUGGAGUGUGAACUGUCCUUCAGCGACGACUCAGAAAAUCCGUCUGAUCUGACAUCAGACUUGAAAUACAUCUACGUCAGUCGAAGUCAAAUCCCAACGGAAUACUCUGAGUCUUGUAAUGCAUCGUGCUCACUUCAAGAGAGAUGCGUAUCCGCCGCUUCCGGCCCUAAGUGCGUCACAUCAGACUGCCCCGAUCUUCAUCCUGACGCGACCAUCUCUUCGGUCAUGGUCACAGCCACCAAGGUCGGUACUGUCCUUACCUACACCUGUAACUCUGACCCCUCUAUAACCUUGACCUCUACCUGCAGGAGUAAUGGGACCUGGUCAUCGUCAGCCUAUCUAUGUGGACAACAAUCUUACCCGCCAGAUUGCUUUAAUACCACGAAUUCUUGUUGGUACAAGUACAACUUUACGCAUGACACAGCGUGGAAUGGAUGUCCCGGUGGUCCAAAAUACGUCAAGAAAACUCAGUUUGUGUCCGCUCCACUGGUUGGCGUAGUUCUCUGCAAUUCUACAAGGUACAAAAUAUUUCUGGGAGCUAAUUUGACCGACACAUUUUUGAAUGUUGGUGAUGGCAAUGGUCAUGGUGCCGACCACUGUGAACUGGUAGGGGGACUAGAAGCUGAUGCCGUCCUAGCUGGAGACUAUAUGAGUUCCCCCGAACUAACUGGGUAUGCCCGCAGUGGUUUGGGUGAGGAAUUCUUUAUGGACACUUUAUCUGGGGCCACCGGUUGGUGGACUGAUUCCUGGUACGAAUGUGGCAUAGAGAUACCUGGUCCCCAGGAACCACCGUGUAUGUCGGCCUCGCCUCCUUGUUGGUAUGCUUACAAGGUGCCCGUGGACGAGUCCUUUAAUGGAUGUAGCGGUGGAAAGACAGUAGUCAAGAAAACAAACUUCACCUCGGCUCCUUAUCUCGCUGUAGUCUUGUGUAAUAGUACAAGAUACAAGUUUUUCCUUGGUGCAAACUUAACGACGACGUUCUUAAACAUUGGGGAUGGGAGCGGAUCUGGAGAGGAUCAAUGUGAACUUGUAGGCGGAUCCGAAACUUCUGCAGUAGUAGCAGGAGACUUUGCAUCUUCUCCAGCAGUCACGGGUUACUAUCGGAGGUAUGUGGGGGAGGAGUUUACCGUCGGGAACAUUGGAUACAUGCAGUCAUCCUACCAUUUCAACACCUACCUGGAGUGUGGAGUAGCAAUCCCAGGAACUGACCCUGUAGUCUUCUAAUUGGAUUAAAUCUCAU